AUGAAGUCGCAAAUCUCACCAACUGAACCUAGGGAACCAAUCACUGAGAAUGGUCACAACAAACGGAGCAUCCUAGCGAAGGUGCCCAAGCCACGUCUACCUCGCUCCAGCUCAGCUGUAGCUUUGUCUGCUGAUGACAAACCCGUCAACGGUACCGUGGAGAGACAAGACGUCGUUCUGGAUCACCCCGAAGUGAUGAUCAUAAAGCUGCCCAAUGCAGAGGAGAAUGAUUAUGUUGGUCUGGUAGCCGAGUCUAAAGUACUGGAGUGUUACUACGGAGGGUCGGAGGCAGGCGAUGCUGACGACGCUAGUUCCGCCAUCGCAGCCACCGGUCCAGGAGCUCCCGUACAGAAACGUACCAGAUUUUCGGUGUCCCAUGAUGAAGUGUCACUGGGCAACACGUCAGAUAACUUAGAGGCAGUCUCUGAGGCUGCCUCAAAUCAUAGCGUCACCUCCAGUCUGGAGCUGGAGACCGAAGACCAAAACGAUAACCUAUCCGACAUGGUGUCGGCUAAUGUGAGCGGGCGUGGCAGCCCUAACAUAUCCGGCCGGGAGACGCCCUCGUCGCAAGUCACUGACGGCGAUGCGCCGCCACGCAGAUUACCGCCGAACGCGCCGGUGAGUCAGGCUAGCGGGGCGCAGGCGAAGAUGAUGAAGCAAACGCGAAGCGACAUCGACGACAAGUUCUGCAAGUUCGAGAUAAAGAAACUGCUAGAAGGCGACGAGACGGUGAGCAUAAUGUCUGACACGUGGAGUACUGACGUGCUCGCCUCAGACUCUGAGACUAUCGGCGACUCCUGCGAUCAGACACAAGUCGCCGCCAAUCAAGGCGGUAACGCGAACAUCACAAACGCGCCGGACGUAUCGGAGACGGCGAGCGAGUCCGCAUGGAGUGUGGACGUGUUAGCGUCCGAUAGUGACAGAAACACAGAGGUGGACACUGACGACUGCGUGUCGGUGGCGGCCCGCUCGGACACGUCGUGGCCGCGCCGCCCCUCCACACAUGACGACACGCAACCACACAGGCACGCGCACGCGCACGCGCAGAAUGGUAAUACCAGGAGACCUGACGUCGGCAGUCCAAGACACGCCCCUCGACCUAACUUUACUAACAGGGGCGGUGGUUAUCUAAGUGCUACGGCUGCGUUAUCUCGCGGCGGAGAACUAGACCUACCUUCACACGCCGGCCAGUUCGUUGAAAACAGAAAGAGCAUACUUGUCAACGGGUUCCCGGUGAUGACAUGUUACGCAAUGUCAGCGCCUGAAAGUCCGAGUACAUCAACUCCUGCGCAACUUCCAAGUGACGUAUUCGAUUUUGGAUCUCAAAACGGCAACAGCGAACAAACGGAGUCAACACUGGAGGGCGCGAACAGCCAAUCGGACGCGACCAGCCAAUGGGUGGACGACAGUUUCCCCGCGUCCCAACACUCGCCCGAUCGCCCGUUCCCGUCCACGUCCAAAUACGACAUGCCGUCCACGUCCAAAACGUACGAGGACAAUGAACUUAUGGACCGAUCCCUCAACUCCAGCGAGAGUUCAUUCAACGCGCUGUCCGUAUCUCAAUACGACAGGCGGUACGAUUCGGGCAUAGACACCGAGCAACCUGAGUCGAGGUCCACUAUAACGGAUCUGAUGACCAGGAUGAGUUCGGCAACGAUAUCCACUUCGGCAAACUUGGUGAACAAUCUCACGUCGCGCAUCGUGAAAUCUGAAAUUCGGACGAGCAUCGUCAGCAUAAGUUCGUCCAGAGUCGAAAAGAAAAGGGAGGGCGGUGUCACCAGUAACGUGUCGUUGAGCACGCUGUCUGUAAACUCUGCGGGUACGUCCGCGUCGGACAAGAGCUCCAGUCAGGACGUGAAUAGCGAGAACGUGACCGAGAGACGCAUCACCCCACCGCCCAAGCUGCCCUCCACCGGGGCGAUACCGAAGAGUAUCAGCUUCGAUGCCACCGCUGAGAAGUCACAAAGACGUAGAAUAAUAGGGGAGGAGAGUCUAGCGGGCAACCUGGACGAGUUGAAAAACAACGUGAAGCGAUCCGGCGGCAACAUUCUGCACAAGAUCAAGAUGUUCCGACAGAAAGGACGUGCGCAGACACAUCAUAAUGCCGAGAUUAAGGUGUGCGAAGAGGAAAUCCGCAGCGACGACGGAUGUCGCGAGGGCGAGAGCUCCGAAGAUAUACUGGCAAAGUAUCGGCGCGUGAACACCGAGCCCGCUAAACGACGCCCCAGCAACGCUAGACGACCCUCCGAUCUCGACGCGGACUUCGACAAGUCCGAAGGCGUCGUGGAUCUAAACGAUCCCGAAGUAUUCAAUAGUAUGAAACGGAAGCUGCGGAUGGUGUUGUCAAACCCCGACAUAUACGGUGUCGAAUAUGUACCUAAUAGGUGUACGAGCACGUCGCUGGUGGAGUGGAUGCGCGCGGCGGCCGCUAGCGCCAGCUGCGAGGCGGGCGCGGCGGUGGCGGGCGCGGUGGCGCGCGCGCUGUGCCCGCAGGCGGCGCCGCGCCUCGCCGCCGCGCUGCGGGCCGACCUGGCCGCGCGCCGCCCCUACGCCACCUACCUGGCCUCCUGCCGCGCCGCCCUCGCCCACGCCGCACGCACUCUGCGCACUCAGAUAACCGUGGUGCGCGGCGAGUGCAUGUGGUGCGUCCGCGCGGCGGCCGGCGCCCGCGUGCUGCAGCAGCUCGAGCGGGGGCCGGCCAUGAGGCGGCUGGCGAGGCACCACCACCACCACAGGCACCAUAGCAUACACGGGGGCGAGCUGAUGGAUGAAAAAGCUUCAAGACUGACUGCAAGCAUAAAGGCCAUUACGGCCGAAGUGAAAGCAGACCCUUCGUGGGAUGGUGCGUCGUCAACCGCGCUAGAGACAGUGGAGGUGACCGUGGAGCGGGCAGCAUUUAGCCGCCUCUACCUGCAUGUGCUGUUCCCUAACGGCGACGGCGAUAUAGCACGAGACCAGGUGUUGAGCGAGCACAUCCGUCGGCUGGGCGCGUGCACGAGCGCGGCGCGCGCGGGCGUGCGGCCGCGGCACGUGUGGGCGGCGCCCUUCCCGCGGGCGCAGCUGCUGCUCAGGCAUCUGCCGGUCUACCGCACGCCCCGGGACAAGUUAUGUUGCAUCAUGCGGUGUGUAACCUCUAUCAUGGCCGUGCUGGGACUGACAGAGGGCGAAGCUCCCUCCGCUGAUGACCUCACACCGGUCCUCGUCUACGUUAUCAUUAAGGUGAACCCUGCGUCGCUGCUGUCGACCAUCGAGCUGGUGAACGCGCUGGGCGAGGCGGCGCUGCAGGGCGAGGCGCUGUACUGGUGGACGCACUUCUGCGCCGCCGUCGCCUACAUCAAGACCAUGGACUACAGCGACACCUAGCCCGAGCGCACGCGUCUGAAUUCAGCGCGUGUCAACCAAUUGGGAUUCAAUCGGCGUAUAGUGCAGGGUUUCGGCCGCCGCCACUCUCUAUAAGAAAUUCUACAGAAAAUACUUGAGCU